AUGGAGACUUUCUACAAUGGAUUAAAUAUUGCUACUAAACAAGUAGUUGAUGCUUCCGCCAAUGGAGCUAUUUUGUCAAAGACAUACAAUGAAGCAUAUGAGAUUUUAGAGAGAAUAGCAUCUAACAAUUGUCAAUGGGCCGAUGUGAGAAGCAACCCAGGAAGGAAGACUCAAGGAGUACUUGAAGUUGAUGCUUUGUCCUCUAUCAAUGCUCAACUAGCUUCGGUGACUAAUAUUUUACAAAAUCUAGCGUUGGGGCAAGACUCCAAUAUCAAAGCACCAGUCCAUACAGCUGCUGUAAUUAACCAGACAGCAGCCGAAUCUUGUGUAUGUUGUGGAGAGGAACACACCUUUGAUCAAUGUUCAAGCAAUCUGACCUCAAUUUUCUAUGUCGGGAAUCAAGUUAGUCAAGGCAACCCGAAAAAUAACCCCUUCUCAAAUACUUAUAAUCCGGGGUGGAGAAAUCAUCCAAAUUUCUCAUGGAAGGGACAAGGCUCGUACAACCAACAAAUGCCCCCUAAAGCAAAUUACCCUCCGGGUUUUGGAUUACAAAAUCAAUUGACAUAUGGUUCUCAACAAGCCACCACCCAAGGGGAAGGAACUAGCCAAGCUCAACACAUACCGGGAACAUCGCUUGAGAGCCUAAUAAAGGAAUAUAUGGCUAAAAAUGAUGCUGUGAUACAAAGUCAACAAGCAUCAUUGCGAAAUUUGGAAGUUCAAGUAGGUCAAUUAGCAAAUGAGUUACGAAAUAGACCUCUUGCUUUGAAGCAAAUGCCAAAUUAUGUGAAAUUCUUGAAGGAUGUGCUCACCAAUAGAAGAAAGUUUGAAGAAUUCAAGGUGGUACCAUUGAAUGAAGAGUGUAGUGCAAUAUUGAAAAACAAGAUCCCGCUAAAGGAGAAAGACCCCGGUUCAUUCACAAUUCCAAUAUCAAUAGGAGGGAAGAAGCUAGGUCGAGCAUUAUGUGAUUUGGGAUCAAGCAUUAAUCUAAUGCCGCUGUCUAUUUACAAAAAGUUAGGUAUUGGUGAAGCUAGACCAACUACAGUCACUCUUCAACUAGCAGAUCGAUCUUUCACUUAUCCCGAAGGAAAGAUUGAGGACAUCUUAAUUCAAGUUGACAAAUUCACAUUUCCUGCAGAUUUUAUCAUUUUAGAUUAUGAAGCCGAUCAUGAUGUUCCAAUUAUUUUGGGGAGGCCAUUUUUAAAGACCGGAAGAACAUUAGUCGAUGUCUACAAAGGAACCAUCACGUUAAGAAUGGGUGACCAAAAAGUUGAAUUUAAUAUCAAUGACAGCAUGAAAUAUCCAGCAGUGACAAAAGAAUGCUCAGCAGUGUAUGAAUUGACAGAACAACCAGCGACCGAGGAAUGGGAUGAUGGGGAAAGCGGGCAGGAAGAAGACAGCAGCUGGAAUGACAGAAUAGAACAGUUAGCAGUUUUAGGUGAAUUCAACAGAACUUUUGAGUCACUAGAAUGUGAGGGAAGAAAGAGUUCACCGAUGAGACCAUCUAUUGAGGAAGCGCCGCAGCUGGACUUGAAACCACUACCACCUAACCUUAAGUAUGCUUAUUUAGGUGACAAGAAGACACUACCCAUCAUCAUCUCAGCGACACUAUCCUCGACUCAAGAGGAUAUGCUCCUAGAAACAUUGAAGAAGCACAAGGGGGCGAUAGGUUGGACAUUGGCGGAUAUAAAAGGAAUUAGCCCUUCACUAUGCAUGCACAAAAUACAAUUGGAGGAAGGAAAAGUUAAGUCCAUUGAGCAACAAAGACGAUUAAAUCCCAUGAUGAAGGAGGUUAAAGGAGGGAUAACAGUAAUGGCAAAUGAGAACAAUGAGUUGAUCUCCACUAGAAUAGUGAAUGGAUGGAGAAUUUGCAUGGAUUAUAGAAGGCUAAACAAAGCGACACGUAAGGAUCAUUUUCCCUUACCAUUCAUUGAUCAAAUGCUUGAUAGGCUUGCUGGAAAGUCACAUUAUUGCUUCUUGGAUGGUUAUUCGGGAUACAAUCAAAUUACAAUCAGUCCAGAAGAUCAAGAGAAAACUACAUUCACAUGCCCAUAUAGAAUUUUUGCCUUUAGACGAAUGCCCUUUGGACUAUGUAAUGCUCCAGCGACAUUUCAACGUUGCAUGAUGGCCAUUUUUACAGAUAUGGUAGAAACAUUUAUGGAGAUAUUCAUGGAUGAUUUUUCGGUUUAUGGAGAAUCUUUUGAGACUUGUUUGUGCAAUUUAGGGAAGGUUCUACAAAGAUGUGAAGAGAAGAAUCUUGUACUGAAUUGGGAAAAAUGUCAUUUUAUGGUCAAUGAGGGAAUAGUGUUAGGCCACAAGAUCUCAAGAAGAGGAAUAGAAGUUGAUAGAGCCAAGAUAGAAGCUAUUGAAAGAUUGAAUCCACCUACGUCAGUUAAAGGUAUAAGAAGCUUUUUGGGCCAUGCAGGGUUUUAUAGGAGGUUUAUUAAAGAUUUCUCCAAGAUUGCAAAACCAUUGUGUAGUUUGUUGGAGUCAAAUAGAAAAUUCGUUUUUGACAAACAAUGCAUGACUGCCUUCCAAGCAUUAAAGACAGCGCUGACCACAGCUCCUAUAAUGUCAACACCCGAUUGGAAUUCACCAUUUGAGUUGAUGUGUGAUGCUAGUGGCCAUGCUGUGGGGGCAAUGUUAGGACAGAAAAAGGGGAAGGUACUUCAUCCUAUCUAUUAUGCCAGCAAAACGUUGAAUUAGGCUCAAGUGAAUUAUACAACCACUGAAAAAGAAUUGUUGGCCGUAGUAUUCGCUGUUGAAAAGUUCAGAGCUUAUUUAUUUGGAGCGAAGGUGAAAGUGUACACUGACCACGCAGCAAUCAAGCACCUAAUGAUGAAACCGAAUGCCAAGCCAAGAUUAAUUAGAUGGAUUCUACUGUUACAAGAGUUCGAGAUAGAAAUCGUGGACACGAAAGGAGCUAAUAAUCAUGUAGCGGAUCACUUAUCUAUAAUGGAGAACAUGGAAGAAAAGGUCAAUAGCAAAGAAAUUGAUGAUGCAUUUCCGGAUGAACAGCUGCUUGGGAUAAACAGCAAUAGCAGCAGCUACAGCAGUAGCAGAAUGACAGCAACUCCAUG